GUCGGGCGCGGAGCACAAGCGUCGCGACGCCACCAGGUUCACGUCACAGAUAGCCGAAUAACUGCUGAUAUCAACUAAGGCAGAGCGGCCGUUUGUAGCGCACUCGUAUACUCAACCUAAGAGAGGAUGCAGCAUGAGAGAUGCUUGUGGGUGCUGCUGUUAGCGCUACUGGCGGCCGUUAUUGGAACCAAGGGUGACGAGUCUCCGCCACCUUCUUCAAUACAGAACGUUGCCGAACAUUUAUCGGCGCAAACACCGACGUUCGAUGAGGAUGAAGAAGAGAAAAGGGCGUGGAGAGACAUGAAUGCGGGCUGGGGGAAGAGGGGAUGGCAGGAUCUGCAAAACGGUGGUUGGGGAAAGAGAGGGUGGCAAGAUCUCCAGAACGGAGGAUGGGGAAAGAGGGGGUGGCAAGAUCUUCAGUCCGGUGGAUGGGGGAAAAGGGGAUGGCAAGACCUGGGUAAUUCAGGAUGGGGCAAGAGAUCCUGGAAGGAUCUUUCCUCAUCAGGUUGGGGCAAACGAGCUUGGAAAGAUCUGUCGUCUAGUGGCUGGGGAAAGCGGGGUUGGCAAGAUCUUGAUGGCGGCUGGGGCAAACGGGACUCUUACUUGGACUUUGAAGACGAGGACUCUAGCGAUGAGGACAAGAGAGCAUGGAGUGGUCUGCGGGGAACGUGGGGCAAACGUGCUGCAGCGGAUUGGCAAAGCUUUAGAGGAUCCUGGGGCAAACGAGACCCUGCUUGGAAUAACCUGAAGGGGCUGUGGGGAAAACGAAGUGUUGACUCCAGGACAGGAAUACCCAAAAGCUAUUGUCAUAUUCUACAACGAAUGACAGGGGUGCGUUGUAACUGAGAUCCUCAAGGCAUGAAAGAAUCUCCUGAGGAACUGAGUAGGGACGAGUAACGCUUCAUAUAGUCAAUUUGUGUUUCCUCUCCUCUUCCUCUACAACUUGUGUUACAGUGUCUGCUUCAACCUUCUACUUUAUUCCAUUAAGGUUUGCCGUAUGUUGUCAAUAUCAAAAUAAAGAAAUUUGACGGUUUAUUUGAACAUGAAAAUAAAAUUAUUAUUGAAGAUUUGCUGCAGAGAUUACUUUGAUAAGUACACUUUCUUCUAAAUUAACCCCCUCCCCCUAAUGAAGGCUAAUAAUGAGAAAUUAUACAAUUUGUUGAGAAUAUUUUACAAUAGACAUUAUUAAAGUGUUCUUUGCAUCAACUUCAAAGUAAUCAUUAAAUCCAAUUUUAAAUUAUUAGUAGAAAAUUAUAUUUUAAGUUUAAUUCUAAUUUUCUUUCCGUAUAUUAUUUUGCACUAGGUAUGUACUUGUAUUACAUCAAUAAAUAUUUUUAUAAAACAAUUUUAUUUUAAAUUAAUUGCAGUCCCUGCAUCUGUUUCUGCUGCAGUAUUAUUAUAUAAUAGUCUAGUUUGUUGUACGCUAACAAUAAAAUAGAUACUGUGUGAGAAACUUGGUCCAUGAAAUGUAAAAUUAAUGUUGUCCUGCAAACAUUUUCAACUUCAACAUCACCUUAAUCUUUACUUGUGCGAGAUACUACAUUAAUGAUGAAAGGAACUAUUUAUACAGUUUAUAUUUGUAAAGAUGUACAGUGUUCUGUACCUAGUAUAGAGAUUGCCCAACUAGUGCUAGCUUAUCCUUCUUUAGCCACGCUACAGGGAUAAGAAUUAUUUUUCUAAGUGGAUUAUUUUGUGUGCCCUCUGAUAUGGAUCAGUAAUAAAGCCCAAUUGAGAACUA